GCAGCAAAAUUGAAAGCAGCGAGCUGGGCGGCGGGGAGGCCUGCGCAGCCCGCACAUCUGGGCCGCGCCAGUCUGACUCGGGCUUUCUGGGCCGGAAAAGCUCCCGGCGCAGCCAAUCCAGCACCGCUGGCAGCAUCUGGCCGCGCCGGAGAGGAGGGGCGCCGCCGCGAUGGAGAGCCCGGGAGGGGCUGGCCGGCGCCGGGCACGACUGCGAGCGAGCUUAGCCUCUCUGAUGGAGCUGCACCAGCCGUAGGGAUGAAGCUGGCAAGUGCAUCAUGCCAUCAUGCAUCCCCAGCAGAGCUGCCGCUGAGUGGCCCAUUUGUUACGAUGGACUGCGCAGCAAGGCGCCUGAUGUUCUGUACUCUGUGUCAUCAUUGAACACUGACUGCUUCGGUAUGGAGUCCUUCAUCGUGGUAUCAGAGUAUGAUUCAACAGGUGCCAUGAGCGAGGAGCAGGGACUUGACAGACAGGAGGGACUGGAGGAAGAUGAGCACAUGGAGCACUGCGGAGAGGAUACGAUCAUGUCUGACAGCAUUGGGCUUGAAGAGAAGACCGUCCCCAGCACUGGCGGGGGCCCACUAGAUGAGAUGAGGGAGGCGCAAGUCAAGCUAAAUUUUUCCAGUCGAAAACUCUCUCUCCAGGAAAGGUCCCAGUCAGCACAGUCUCCCGGGAGUAACAUAGACGUGAACGAGCGAUACAUUUACCCAUCACUCCCUUAUUCUCCAGUCACGUCUCCACAUUCGUCUCCUCGGCUGCCGCGGAGGCCCACAGUGGAAUCCAACAGAGUUUCUAUCACAGGCUUGCAGGACUGCGUGCAGCUUAAUCAGUAUAAGCUGAAAGACGAAAUCGGAAAGGGCUCCUAUGGGGUCGUGAAACUCGCGUACAAUGAAGAUGACAACACCUACUAUGCAAUGAAAGUUCUUUCCAAAAAGAAGCUGAUGAGACAAGCAGGAUUCCCACGCCGCCCACCUCCUCGGGGAGCCAGAGCCAUACCUGAAGGCUGUUCCCAACCAAAAGGGCCAAUUGAACAGGUGUACCAAGAGAUUGCCAUCUUGAAGAAGCUGGAUCACCCAAACGUGGUGAAGCUGGUGGAGGUGCUAGAUGACCCCAGCGAAGACCAUCUGUACAUGGUGUUUGAACUGGUAAAACAAGGGCCUGUCAUGGAAAUCCCAACCUUGAAACCUCUCACUGAAGAUCAGGCGCGGUUCUACUUCCAGGACCUCAUCAAAGGCAUUGAAUACUUGCACUAUCAGAAGAUAAUCCACCGGGACAUUAAACCUUCCAACCUUCUUGUGGGGGAGGAUGGUCACAUCAAAAUUGCUGACUUCGGCGUGAGCAAUGAGUUCAAAGGAACAGAUGCCCUUCUAACCAACACAGUGGGCACCCCUGCAUUCAUGGCCCCAGAAACACUCUCAGAAACCAGAAAAAUCUUUUCUGGAAAGGCUUUGGAUGUCUGGGCCAUGGGGAUCACGCUCUACUGUUUUGUGUUUGGGCAGUGCCCCUUUAUGGAUGAGAGGAUUCUAAGUUUGCACAACAAAAUCAAGACCCAAAGCUUGGAAUUCCCAGACCAGCCAGAAAUUACAGAGGAGCUGAAGGAUCUGGUUACACGGAUGCUGGAUAAAAACCCUGAAUCCAGGAUUUCAGUCCCAGAAAUCAAGUUACACCCCUGGGUCACCAAGAACGGAGUGGAGCUGUUGCCAACAGAGGAUGAGAACUGCACGCUCGUUGAGGUCACUGAAGAGGAGGUCGAGAACUCUGUUAAACACAUCCCAAGCCUGGCCACAGUGAUCCUGGUUAAAACGAUGAUCAGGAAGCGCUCGUUUGGGAACCCAUUUGAGGGGAGCAAGAGAGAAGAGCGAUUGCUGUCUGCCCCUGGGAACAUGCUGACCAGGAAGCAAGGCAGUGAAGAUCAUCUGAAGUGCAAUGAUUUGCCAAACGUGGGAGAGGAAGAAGUUCUUUCAUGAAAAACAGCCUCGUGGUUACGAUGAGCAACUUUGUCCAUGGCACCUGAGACUGGGAGACGUAACCACGCCUAAGCCAAAUGAAGCAUGACAUAGCAGCGGCCCAGUAUAAUGCUGAGUGUCAACUUUACAUAGCAGCAUGUGAGAAAUCAGACUACAGCACAUGUCAUAAACAUUGAACAUCUGAGUGUUAAAAAAGUCACCUCAAUGAAGCGCGGUGGAUUUCUUGUGUGAAAUGUGUUGGCUGACAUCAGAAAGGUGAGCUGAUGUGAAGGACAGUGAAAGGGUUCACAAACGGCAAACCGGUGCAGUUGUAACAGCUUUGAAGUGGUGUGAAUGCCAGCUAUUCAGAGACUAAUCCCCAUGUUGCAUGGGUAUGUUACACCCCUAGAUACAAGGUGGGCAUGUGUAAGUGUGAAGCUUUUGCAAAGUGGCAGACACAGAAGUGAAUUUAGAAUUAUGCACUUGGACUGUUCACGACGUACCAGAAAUGUUGUUGCAUCUGUUUCUUGAUUCCUCUGAAUUGAAACAUUUUUAACUGCAUGGAAACGAAGCAAAAAACCACCUCCUCAGCUGCUUUAACAAAGCCUGCCUCUGUGAGUAAAGUUUUAUCAGUUUAACUAAGAGCAUCUUCAGGAAGUUGGUAAACUAAUGCUAAAUACAGUACUUGAAGACACUGCUUUCCUUUCAGGUCUUGCUGUUGGCAUGACUAGCUGAACGCAUGUUGGGCAGAGUGUUCGGAAGGUAAAUGCAUCUAAGGGCUUACAGUCUGGAUGGCACUUUCCUACUGCAGCAGGCACCUGAGUGAAAGUUUGUUGCUGCAGUAGCUGAGCUCUCUCUGAAUGGCAAAAGAAGCACUAACACAAGUAGAUUUCUGAAUCUUUUACUUGAUCUAGAAUAUAUAGUGUAACAUAAUUCAGGGUAAAAUCCUUCACUUCCAUGUACAUUACAUGGUUUAAUACAAGUUAAAAUAUAAUACAAUUUAUGCUAUUUUUAAAGUAUCUGACUAGAUGUAAUGCUCCUUUAGGAUUUCAGCUCUUACUGAAGUACUUAGAUUAGCAGGUAUCUUACAAAGCAGCAUUUUUUCCCUCCAAAUUUCUUAUUCUGAGGGCCGUGCUGCGUUUUCCUGCUGGCUAAUAGCCAAUAGUUUCAACUUUGCUCCAGUUGUUUUGCAAUUAUUUUGUGGUGUUGGUAAAAUCUAAGUAGCAAGCAGUGGUAUAGAGCAAACUUCCCGAGCGGGAAUCCUCUGUGAUGGAGUAAGGCAGGAGAGCUACGGUAACACCAGAGUGGAGAAGAAGCAGGUUUGAGAGUCUGUAUCUGACUGAAAGAAGGAUCAAGGCAGGUAGGAUGGUCUUGUGGAUACACGACAGCAGUGGGAGUGCAGAGAGCUUCUGUGUCUUCUCAGCCCUGCCACUGGCUUGUGGAGUGACUGUGUGUAAGUCGCCUCGGUUGCAAGGCAGAUGUGGAACAGAGAGGAUUCCUUGGGAAGGGCUUGUGAGGCUGAAUUCCUUGUGCUCUGAUGGAAGGGGUUGUGUCUGAUUAGCAAUAUCCCUCCACCAACCUACAGCAAGGCACAAUCAGCCAGAGCCAUUACGACAUGGAUGGUUGCUUUCCUGCCCGCCUCUGAAAUAUCAGUUCUUGGGUGCUUCACGAGGCAGAAUGCUGGAGUGGUUGGCCCCUCUCCAUGGUAGAGCAGAUCUCAUUGCCCUGGAAUGACACAGCUGUGCUUUUUUAGGAAAGGUCCCAAGUUAUAUAGUUAGAUACAGUCCUGUCCCAGUUCACUGAGGCACCUCUACUCUCAUCCUCACAAAACUGAUGAUGUGAAAUACAGAAGAGCCACAGCUUCCAUGAACGGUCAGGUUUUGGGAGCAGAAUCAUUUGAGGUCGAGCAGUGGAAAGGAGACCGGGCUCAUCCUGUAACUUUAUCAAAGGCCACGACCUGCCAUUACUCCACUGCUUUGCUUUUUAAUACCAAGGAGAAUUAGACAAUUGCAGGCUACAAACCUCCUUCCUCCCCCCAAAAUUUCCUUUUUCCCUUCAUGGGAAUACUCACAGAUCUGGAGCCACUGACCAGGUCUGGCUGCUCCUAGAUGGGUGUUUUCCAAAAAUGUGUCUUACUAUCUAAAGUUCUCUGUAACUGUUCUUGUUGAUGUUGUGCACAGAAGUACAUUCUUGUUAAAGAUCCAUGAGCAGUGAAUAUAUUCAGUGCCAAAUCUCUGCACUUGCAUAACUGUUAGGCACUUGCCUCUUUGCUGUUAAAGCUUGAUGACAAAGCAGGGGCAAUGGCAUAAGAGCGCAGUGUGGGUAGUGAUGCAGCAGUAAACGUGUGCUCAAGGACAGUAGUGAGGCUCCUGAGGUUCGGUGCAGCGCAGCAACUUGUGGACAAGGUGCCCUUUGCUUCCUCAACCAACCCCCCAAAAGAGUUUUCUGCAGGAGCCAGUUCCUUGCGUGAACCUCUGCUGAGCACGCUCUCCUGUUUUAACCUCGGCUUUCCUUUUUGGUCAGGUGUAUUGACAAUACAAGACUGAAGUGUCUGAAGUGUGAGGACGAUGUGUUCGCUAAAUGCAUGGCCUGUUAGAGUGACUAUAUACAAACCUGUUCAGCUCUGUGCUUGCUGUCCUUUGCCAGUGAAGCAAUCUCUCUCUCUCUCUUUUUUCCUGUAGUGCAGUAAGCCUUUCUCCUGUUCCUUUUGAAAUAGCUGGUUUCCCGCACCCCCUUCUUCAAAUAAGCUUCCCACUGACGUAAGUUGUCCCUGAGCGCAAGGCCAGAUGGCUCUGAAAUUGCAAAGGGACAGCUUGGCCUUUUGGCUUUGCUAGUUUAUUCCCCCGCUGGUGCCCUGUUAUCUACUAGAUAAUCAGUCUUGUGGGUUUUCAAAGUUCCCUGCAUUGUCACUGACUUUUAUACUGUUUUGUUUAAUGCCCAAGGCUUGUGUUUUAUUCCCACCCCCUUUUUACUAUGCAUUUUACUUUAUCAGGUGUAUCAAGUUUAAAUACUGUGUAUUUAUCACUUUAAAUUAUAUUAACUAACUAAAAAAGAAAAAAAAACUCUAGGUGGUAUUCCACGACUGUUUAAGCUUCUCUGUACAAGUGGAAAUAAAUGGCUUGCAAAAGUAAA